CAUAUGUUGUUUUUAUAAGUUAUAUAGGUAAGGUAAGGUAGCCCCCCAGAACUUAGGCUUCAUUUGUAUUCACAGUUUUGAUAUAUAUUCUAUAUAUUCAGGAAGUCAGUCGCAGUACAAAAUCACCAAUUGUGGCCAACCCAACUAAUUAUAGCACCUUCUUUCCACCUCCACCACCCACAAAACCAUGGCCACCACUUCAUUUUCCUCCUCCACCACCUCUUCCCGCCACCACUCACCACCACAACACCAUGCACACCAGUUUUGCACAUCAUGACCAACCCACCAUGUUAGGUCUCCAUAACAUCCUCCUCAUAGCACCUUCUCACCCAAACCAUCCACCCAAUACUCAUCAAACCGAGAAAGAUCAUGUGGGUUUGGGUGUUCGUACUGCAGAGACUGAUGAUCAUGAGGGUGAUGACGAUCUGGGUUGUGUUAAAGCAUGUAGAGACUGUGGGAAUAGAGCUAAGAAAGAGUGUGGAUAUGGUAGGUGCAGGACUUGUUGUAAGACUAGAGGUUAUGAUUGUGUUACACAUCUGAAGAGCACUUGGGUGCCGGCGGCUCGCCGGAGAGAGAAACAGGCGGCUGCUUCUGCUUCUACUGCCGGCGCCGGUGAUUCUUCUGGUUCUUCUUCUUGUGGGGUGAAAAGAUCAAGAAUGGCUUCUGCAUCUGAUAAUAAUACUUGUUUCCGCUUUGAAACCAGCUUUGCUCAACAGGAUUCAAACUUUAAAAAUUCAUUACCAGGCCAAGUCCGGGCACCAGCAGUCUUCAGGUGCAUAAGAGUAACUGCCAUUGCUGAUGGUAAAGCUGAGGUUGGCUAUCAGGCUACUGUAAAUAUCAGUGGUCAUGUCUUCAAAGGAUUCCUCUAUGAUCACGGAGUUGAUGAGAACAAUCUGCUGCCCUGCAUCUCAAAAUUGCAGUUUCAAAGUGGGAGGAACAGUGAAUCUUCUUCUCCUCCAAUUGUAGGUCCACACACUGCCUAUGUUGUCUCUAAUAACUGAGGAUUAGUUCUUCAAGUUACUAAUAGAUUAAGCUUUUGUGUGAAUUCUAAUGGUAGAUUAAAGAAGUAAAUCACAAAAUUAUUUUAAAAAAUAUCAAGAACUACAUAAUUGUAAUGUGGUUAUUGAAGUUUGAUCUCUGCUGUUCUAUAUUUUCACAGCACAAUGCAUUAUCCUAGUUAACUGUGUUA